GUACAGCCACCACUUUUCUACUGACCGUGAUGCUGAGAAGAAAUUCAGAUGCGCCCAGUUUAGAUUGCGUCAUCUGUUUACUGCUAUCUGAUUAAGAAAACUUGGGAACGGAACACAAUCACUAAUAAGUUUGCUGAUCGUUCACAAAUAGCUGAGGAACACAAGUACUGGGUACACGAAUCUUGAGAUAAUGCUGUAUUGUGUACUGAUAUCUUGUUCUCUUCCAGAGAAAUAUCAGUAAGGUAUGUCAAAGCCUUCUCGUACAGCAUCAGCUCGACUGCGGGCUGACUACAUGCGCAUCAAGCGUGACCCAGUGCCUUAUGUGACUGCUGAGCCUCUCCCCUCUAAUAUUCUUGAAUGGCAUUAUGUAGUGGAAGGCCCUGAGGAGAGUCCAUAUGCAGGGGGUUUCUAUCACGGCAAGUUGGUGUUCCCCAUGGAGUACCCUUUCCGGCCCCCUAGCAUAUUCAUGAUUUCCCCAUCAGGACGCUUUAAGACAAAUACUCGUCUCUGCCUCUCCAUUUCUGACUUCCACCCAGACACAUGGAAUCCUGCUUGGUCUGUGGCCACUAUUUUGACAGGACUCCUUUCCUUCAUGCUGGAAGAGUCUCCAACAUUUGGCAGCAUUGAGACAAGUGAUUCUGAGAAAAGGCUAUUGGCUCAACAGAGUUUAAGCUUUAACCUCAAGAACAAAAUCUUCACUGAAUUGUUUCCAGAAACUACAGAAAAAAUUGAGAAUAAGCUGGCCCAGCGAGAACGGGAGUUAGCUGAGAGAGCCCGGGCAACUGAGAGUGGGAGGCCAAGUGACCAGGACCUAGCCAGUAACGACAGCAGUAAGCAGAAUGUAGACAGCAGUCAGAUGUCUGCCCUGACCAAUCUCCUUAUAGUGGUUGGCUUUGCCUUUUUUGCCUGGACAGUUUCUUACAUUGUGUCAACGUUAAAUGAAGAAGAAUGAUAGUGCUAAUUAUGGUGCAGUAUUGUAACUUUUUGUUGUAACAGAUAUGUAUUGCACUUGAAUAAAGAAAUUAUAUACAAUUUAGCUUAUAUAGAUAAAUCUGCAUAUUGUGCUAUACAUCAUUCAUCAGUUGUAUUUCUUUCAGUUAUGUUGUCAUCAUGAAAUUGAGAGCAUUAUAUUGUUGUGAUAUGCAUUAAUAUUCACACAUCAUUCAUUUUCUAAUUUAUACUUCAUCUUUCUACAAAUAGUCCUCCUUCAACAACCCUACUAGGUGAUAACUUAAGUCAAUCAUGUGUGAGAUGGAGAUAAGAAGUAUGUGUAAUACAUGGUAUUUUAUCAACUUGUUAUAUAUGUCCUUCAGUAUAAGAAAUACAGAGGAUGAGUGUUGUGUCAACUGUUUCCCUUUCUUUACCUUGGACUAAUUUUCCCUCCUGCUCAGUCUCCUUGUUCCCUCUACUUCUUCAAGACUAUAACAGGAAGCAAGAAGUUAAAGUUUGAAAGUGUCUCUCCGGCAUGCUGCUCUUAAACCUGUUACAUAUAUCGGAUAUGGUAAUCAUAACAGUUUUAUCAGGGGUCACAUAUCUUUAGUGGGAUGUGUCAUGGGAGUCACUUACUAUGGUUCCUCUUCAUGCAUUUUCUCAUCUUGUGAAGGUUAACAGAAAGAGUAUGUGUUGUCAUAUGAAAUUAAUCGUUGCAUCUCUAUUGAUUAGUGUGUGAGUUUUGGGUUGUUUUCCUAUCUAGGGUAUAUCUACAUAAAAAAGAAUUGUUUAAAAUUUAACAUUCUUUUAAUGUGCUGUAAUUGAUAUUUGGUUUAAAGUAACACAUCCACAGAGCAAAAUGUACAGAUAUUUUUGUGAACCAGCUGAGUGGGUAAUAGAUCUUUUUUCUCUAGA